UUCUACAGUGUCCGCAGUCAGUCAUUCAUUGCUCCUCCACUGGACCAUCACGCCGCUUUUCCUCCGUUCCAGUUUGGACGAUGUUUGCGUGCAGAGCAGCCUGGCAGAGGUGUGGGCCCCUGGCACGACAGUCCCUGAGCCGGGCACCCCUCGGCAGAGAUGUCGCUCCACGGAGGCUCAUGUCUUCGGUUCCUGGUGGCUCUGGUGAGAACAUCGUCUAUGUGGUCCUCUGUGGUGGAGCAUUCGUCGCUGCCGUAACAUAUGCAUAUAGGACAGUUACGGCAGACCAGCAACGUUACAUGGACCGUGUUUCUGAAAUUAGUGCUCGUCCCAAGUCUGAGUGGAAACCCAAACCAUGGCCACCCAAGAGUGAGGGGAAUGGUGAUGAAGAAGCAGCUGUGGAAGAAGCCGAGGUGGAGAGCGCAGUCGAGGCGGAUAAUUCUGCUGAAGUUCUGCUGGAAACAGAGGAGAAAUCUGGAGCUCUGGAGAGCGUAGUGGAGGAAGUGGCAGAGACGGUGGCAGAGACUGCAGAGCUGGUGGCUGAAGUGGCAGGAGUUGUAGAGGAGACGGCGCAGGAAGUGGCAGCGGUCGCACAGGAAGUGCAGAAAGUUGCAGAGGAAGUCGAAGCAGCAGCAGAGGCUAUCGUGACUCCGAUCAUUCAGGAAGAAGAGCCGGCGGCAGAGAGCAAUGUGAUCCCAUCAGUCUCGCUCAGCCCAGAAACUGCCGAUCUGGCUGCUGCCUCCGUGAUUGAGCUCGUUCCAGUGGAGCCGCUCUCUGUGGAAGACAUCCCAGUUGAAUCUCUACCAGAGAAGGUGCUUAAUUUGGAAAGUGAACCAAUAACAGCACCAAUUUCUCCAGUAUCAGAUUCUGUUGGAACAGAAGAGGCUUCGUUUUCCAUUGCUCCAGUCCUAGAAGAACCAGAAGCUGUAGAGAAACCAGUUGUUGCAAUACUGGCAGAAGAGGCUCCAUUAGUAGAAGAGACACCAAUCGAUUCAGGAUUUCUCGCUCCAGUUUCUGAAAGUCCAUCAUUUCCACCAGCAGAGGAAACACCAGUUGAUUCACCAUUAGUUUCUCCAGUGACCGAAGAACCACCAGUUUCCCCAGUUGUAGAGGAACCCCUUGUUGUUGCUCCAAUAGUUGAGGAGGCAUCCAUCACUCCAAUCGCUGAAGAAGCACCAGUUCCUCUAGUUAUCGAGGAACCAGCUGUUGCAUUAGUUGUAGAAGAGUCUGAGCAGACACCAGUUGGUUCACCAUUAGUUCCUCCAGUGAUUGAAGAACCACCAGUUUCCCCAGUUGUGGAGGAACCACAUGUUGCUGUAAUGGUUGAAGAAUUGCCCAUUGCCCCAUUGACCGAAGAAGCACCAGUUUCUCCAGUUAUUGAGGAACCAGUUGUGGCAUUAGUUGUAGAGGAGCCUGAAGAUACACCAACUGAUUCACCAUUAGUUGCCCCAGUGAUUGAACAACCACCAGUUUCUCCAGUUAUUGAGGAACCACAUGUUGAUGUAAUGGUUGAAGAAUUAUCCAUUGCUCCACUGUCUGAAGAAGCACCAGUUUCUUCGGUUGUUUCCUUAGUCGUAGAAGAUGCAACACCAGAUGAUCUGCAGGUACCUUCAGAAACAUCUGAUGUACCAGUGUUAGAAGUGGAAGCAUUGACAGAAGAUGCACAAUUGGCCUCUAUUCCAGAAGAGGCGCCGGUUUUAUUGGUAUCUGAAGAAGCUGUGGUUUCUGUGACCGAAGAAACACCUGUUGCUGUGCCAGAGGAAACACCUGCAGCAUCAGAAGUCGCUCCAGUAGUUGAGAUCAUUGCAGAAGCACAAGAAAGUGCAACCGUAAGUUCAGAGGAGAAUCAAGAAAGUGCAGUUGGGAUAGUUGCUCCAGCUGCUGUGGAACCCAAGCGAGACUUCGUAGUGGUCGUCCUGGAAGGAGCUCCUAAAUCCGAAAAGAAACCCAUGGUGCUCGGCGUGUCCCCUGUGAUGGGCAGGAUCAUCCCAGCCCCUGAUGAUGAUGAUGAAGAGCCAUCGGGUCAGGUAACAGAGAAAGCGCCGGUUGCUUAAAGUGCAGAUGUAUUAGCACCAACUAAAAAGCAGUCAGAUGUUGUUCUGGGAUAGUAAAGCGGUUCCCUGAUACAGAAUUAGUGAUGUGCCUUUCCCCUUCCCUGAUGCCUGCGUCCACACUGACGUCUCCUUCACCUACAGCUCUCUCUCUCCACUGAAACAUGGUUACUACACCUGAACCUUCACUUUAUCCUCACGUGAGGCAUACAGGUUUACUGACAACAAUGAGAAAACGCAUGCAAAGCUGUGACAGAGCCUUUUUAUAAAUGGAACUCCACUCACUUGAGUCAAAUGCACAAUAUGAGCCAAUACUAUAGUAAUGUUUCCCAACCCUGUUCCCAGAGGCACACCAACAGUACAUAUUUUGGAUGUCUCCCUUAUCUGAACCAUUAAGUUCAGGUUUUGGAGCAUCUUCUAAUGUUCUGAUGGUUUGAUUCAGGAUUGAAUAGGAAGAGGUUGAAAAUGUGUACUGUUGGUGUGCCUUCAAGACAAGGGAUGGGAAACACUGUACUAUAGUUUACCCUACCUCAAAUCUCACUUUAUAGGACAUGACUUGACAUUGAAAUUAUUAAUGGUUACAAUACCAGCAGAAUAUGCCACAAACACUGCCAUACAUACACGCUGGCCACCAGAUUUCAGGUUUCUCCUUUAAAAACGAUGCUAUCGGCAUUAUUUAUUAACUAACUCUAUUUUUAUUUGUACCUCUUUCUACCUCAGCAUAAACAGUGUUGUUUUUUCUUUUUACACAUUUCCAGUGUUAGCAAACCCGCUGCCAUUUAUUGUCAUGAUUAGGUCAAAAUGAAGAUUUAACGAAAUAAUCGGUAACACUUUACUUGAUUAUAAAGGUCUUAUGAACACCCAUUCAUGAUAAGACAAGUCAUGAAAGUGAAUGAGAUUUUAUGCAUGCUUAUGACAACUGUUAUUAAGUGUAAUUUGCUCAGUUAUGUAAUUUUAAACAGAAAGAUGUCAUUGAUUGUUAAGACACGUGACAAAUGCAUCACAACCUGUCUUCAUCUUUGAUAAAUUGACAUUAAUAAGACAGCAAAACUUGUCAUAAAUCUGUCAUAAACAUGAUUGUCAUAGGGCAUUA